GCAAAAGGAAACUGUUAAAACAAUUCAGGAACUCUAGCUAUUUCUAACUGCGUUUCCAAAAUGGAGAGACCGAUGGUGAGUGACUAUGGAGCAAAUUACGGCACAGUUAACCCGGUUUAUGGAUCACCAGCAGUAGCAGCCAUGGCAGCCCCACCCGCGGCAAGCGUCCAUCAACCUUCCGCUCCCCCGGCAAACAUGUUCGAUUCGGUCCCGGGAUAUGAAGGAACAGUGGCUGGCGGAGGAGGUGGGUAUCUCCCUCCUCCAAUGCCAACUGUACCGAUGCCUGUGCCUGAACAAGCCCCCAGCCCACCAGACUGGCAUAUACCUUCCAUCUCAGAGGAGAGAGCACGCGAAGCUUUUGCAACGUACGUCUCCAGUAAGUGCUGCUAUAGUUCUGACCCCGUCAAAGAUGGAGUUAUUACCAACAUGGAGUCCUUUAACACCUACAGGUAUCGUUUGGAGACCUUCAAUGAGUCCAGAUCUACUGAAUGGAGUCAGGAGCCGUUUGCAGGGCAGCCUGUGGAUGCUGGUGUUCAACCUGCUCCAGGACCGUGGCAGAUUGCAGCUCAACCCCCGGCCUUCUUUCAAGAGCACAAGCAGACCAUUAGAGUGCCCUUCACUUCCUCAGUCAAGAACUGUCACCAGUGUCUUGGAAUGGGAAGAAACCCCUGUAACACCUGUGCGGGAGCUGGAAGCAAAGCCUGUUGGGUGUGUAAUGGUUCUGGUUUCCGCCAAACUAAUGACCGCUGCAAUCACUGCAAUGGCCGUGGACGUGAAAACUGUAGUCCAUGUAGCGGCAACGGCUCUUGUCAGUGUGACACCUGCAAUGGGAAGAGACAACUGAUCGUCUUCAUCAACCUCAAUGUUAAAUGGAGCACUGAGAAGGAUGAUUUCUUAGCACAAGAUGUGAGUGGUCUACGAAUGGAAAAUCUGGAGAAGGUUUCAGGGAAGGAGCUCUUCAAAGACGCCCAGUAUAUGGUCUAUCCUGUGAUGGGCUUCCCAGACUUUUCUGUUGCACAAGCUUCUGAGCGCUUAGUAAGAGACCAUCAGGUGAAAUACGCCCAAACCUCCCGCAUAUCACAACAGAGGCAGACCAUCGAGCUCAUUCCCAUAACCAAAGUGAGCUACAUGUGGAAAGGAAAAUCCCAUGUUUACUAUGUGUAUGGAAAUGAGUUGAAAGUGAACGCUGAGGACUAUCCCGCCACCUGCUGCUGUUCUGUGAUGUAACAUCAAAUACACCUGACCUGACAUACAGUAGAAGUGCAGUAUAAAUACUGUAUAUCCAUUAAGAUGAACAAAUGUAAUGGUUCUGACGUAUAGGCAAAAUAUACAUCAAUACUUGACAGACAGAAGUAAUCAUCAUGUGAUUCAAUAUGACCAAAUGUCAAUUACUAAACCUCUCUUAGAUUAAUACACUUUUUAUAUCAUUAUAAAUAAUAACAAUAUAAUAAACUGUGAGAUUUUUUU